AUGGCCAAAUUCUCCGCGAUAAUGUUGGUUCUGAUCUCGGCAUUGGUCGCCGGAUCCGCUCUCGCUCAGUCCCCAUCCGCCGCGCCUAAGGCUGCUCCGACCGCCGCACCGUUGGCUGCUCCGCCGAAGCAAGCUGUCGCUCCUUCUCCGCACGCAUCUGCUCCGUCGUCGGCGCCUACGACCUCUUCUCCUCCCGCUCCUCCGAGCGAUGGUCCAGCUGGAUCUCCCGUUUCUCCUCCGUCCAUCGCCAGCGCCCCUGGCGGUUCUGCUCCGGCGCCUCACUCAGCCGCCGCGUUGAACCGCGCUGCUGUCGCCGGAUCCGCUGCUCUCGUGGUUUUAUCGGCCGCUUUAUUGAUUUAG